UUAACUUGCAGGUGCAUGAACAAAUUGAGUAAUCUGAGUAAUCUGAGUAAUCUGAGUAAACUGGAGGUGUGUCCGCGCUGCCUGUCUGACCUCUCCCCGCAGUGUGAGCAGCAGCAGAGGGCGGAGACCUGCACAGACCGCAGAUCAGAUCAGAACUCAAGUUGUUUUUGAGUUUCACAUAAGUUCCUUUUUUUGUUUUUGUUUUACAGUCAGAGAUGUUGCACGGAGCUGGAACUGUAAUGUUCAUUAAAUAACUUUACAUCCAGCUGCUGCAGCUGUCCGCGUCCACACAUGCCUGCAGACCGAGCCUCUCUGGACCGAACCCUGCGCGUUAUGCAACUCAGCUCCACGCGGAGCCCAUAAUUGGAGACCUCGCUGUGCGCGCGCCUCUGUCUCUCUGUCUCAUCACCGGUCAUGAUGCAGCACGAGCGCCUGCUCAAGGUGUUGGUGAUCGGUGACCUCGGCGUCGGUAAGACGUCCAUCAUAAAGCGCUACGUGCACCAGGUGUUCUCCCAGCAUUACCGCGCCACCAUCGGGGUGGACUUCGCCCUGAAGGUGCUCAACUGGGACCACAGGACGGUGGUGAGGCUGCAGCUGUGGGACAUAGCCGGGCAGGAACGCUAUGGCAACAUGACCCGAGUGUACUACAGAGAGGCGGUAGGAGCCCUCGUCGUCUUCGACAUGACCAGACUGUCCACGUUUCAGGCUGUCCUCAAGUGGAAAGGAGACCUGGACUCGAAGGUCGCCCUUAGCAACGGGAGGGCGGUUCCAGCCGUUCUGUUGGCCAACAAGUGCGACCAGCGGCGUCACGGUUUGUGCCCCAAGCUGCCCAAACUGGAAAACUUCUCCAGAGAGUACGGAUUUGUCGGUUGGUUCGAAACCUCGGCCAAGGACAACACCAACAUUGACGCUGCCAUCACAUGCUUGGUGAAGAACAUCAUGUACGUAGAGGAGGAGAGAGCCUUGAGUGACGCCACAGCCACGGCCACCGCCGGGAAAACCGACCCCGAAGGCGGCGUUCUGGUCCUGCCUCACUUCGACUACAACAGGCAGGAGAAAGGACUUAGUGGAUGUUCAGGAUGUUCCUCGCUUAAACCCAGAGACGGAGACUGAAGGAAGUCUGAACCAAGAGACUGGAAGGAACCAAGAGGAGUUUAUACUUGGUUGAAUUAUUAAUAUAUUGUAACUUAUACUUAGAUAUGUGUCCUCUUCCUCCUCUUACAGGAAACAGUUAAAACAUUUUAAACAAACAAAAAUCGAUUAUUUUGGAAAAAGUGGGACUGAAAUGUGACUGCUGAACAUUUCUUCUAGACUUCAAACAGCUAUAAUUUUACAAGAAUUUCUUGUUUUAUAAUGACGACUUGGAAGUCAGUCCCUUUUCAUUAUCAAAACCAGAUUAUCAAACUAAUUAUUUAACUAUAUUUAUAUUCGCAAAAAUGCACUUUUUUUUUAAUCUUCUCUGCCUCUUAUCUGAAGAGUUUUUGUUGUACAAAAUGGACAGUGAUCCAUGUUUGAAGGUCCAGUGUGGCAGAUUUAGGAGGCUCUAUGUACAGAAUAUGUCAGAAAUUUAAUUUAAUAUUCAUAACUAUGUUUUCAUUUGUGUAUAAUCACCUAAAUCCACCUAAAUCGGGGUUGCAUUGUGGUAGCAGCCGGUUUAGCAGGGCGUUCCAGGUCCUCCUGGUGGAUCCCGAUGCGUUCCCAGGCUAGAUGGGUUUUAUAGUCUCUCCAGUGAGUUCUGGGUCUGUCCCGGGUUCUAGAGUCAGCACCUUCGAGCCUGGUUCCCUGCCUGAAAACAAUGGAAUGCUACCAGGGUUGGUAGUAAGGUGCUGCCCCAAGUGAACUUCGAUUUUCCAGAUCUCGAUUUUCCAGACCACCUCCGUUCCAACCCUCACCUAUGAUCACGAGCUUUGGGUAGUGGGUAGUUCGGGCAUCUGAUUCGGAUGAGUCCUGCUUUUGGCCUCUUUCAUGGAGUCCAUAACAUACCGUAGUCCAGAACAGACAAAGUAAACACUGGCAUGAUACGGCCUUUUGUGUUUUCACACGUUAGGAAGGGGUAGGCGAACUGCACCACUAGAUACCACUAAAUCCCACACACUGGUCCUUUAAAUGUAAAAAGCAAACAAUACUUUCCUGUCCGCAUGAUAUUUUUAUUAUAUUUUAAGUAUUUUGUCUGUAAAUUAAAUGCUAAUUACUUCAGUUAUCAGCGCUCAGAGCUAUGUAAGCAGCUAUAUAUGUGUAGAUGUUUUAUAUAAGAUAAAUUAAAAGAGUGGUUUGCUUUCUGUUUCUGGUGUAAGUGAGCACUGCAUUGUUGUAGUCAAGACCACCUGAACUGAGACCAAACCAGAGUGUAUUAAGACCGUGACAAGACCAGGACUGAGGUAUUGCAAGACCAAGUCAAGACCACAGCUUUGAGGAGUUGAGAUCAAGUCAUGACAAAGACCAGACAGUAUGAAUGCAAUCAUGUAGCUAAUAUUGUCCCACCAAGUCUUCAAAAGAUUUCCGUUAAUACAUUUUAAAAAUAAGUUUUUAAAUUGUUUCAUACACCGUCAUUUGUUUGACUCUCGACCUCUGCCUGAAGUGUAAAAACAUGUUCGGCCUAUUAUGAAACUAUGUUGUGGUCUUAACCGGUCUUGAAAUAAAAUCCUGAGUCCUGUUUGUCUAAGCCUGAGAAGCUAAAAAAAAAGUGUUCUUGAGACACUGGAGCUUUGUUUUAACUGUCACAACGUGGUCUAACGAGUUUCACACCCACACAGUGCUGAGUUUGUCAAACUGUCACUGCAGGGCUAACUAAAUGUAAUGUUUCGGCUUUAGAGGCGAUGAUGACUCGCAGUCCCGAACACGAACGUUUUUUUGGAUCUUUGUCUUUUGCGUUCGUCAUUAAUACACAGGCGGAUGCUGAGGUGCAGUUUCACUUGUCACAGCUUUGUUUUAUGAACUUAACAGAACAGAAAUGUUCAUAUUCACACUCUCAGGUCUGCCUUCAUGUUUAAUCUGCUGCCAUAAAAAACUCCAGUAACAA